AUGAACAGUAGCUGAAAGACGGCGUCGUGUUGCAGGUCAGCAAGUAAACUAAAAAAGCAAGAGAGUUUUGCUCGGUGUCUCCUGCGGUUGCUCCGAUUCAAAGAAAUGUUGGUAUAAUCAAACAUUGGCUGCUUGCUGUUAUAUGAAAGAUCCUCCUCCUCAUGGACAACCGAAACGUCGUCGUCUGCGAUAAUGGCACCGGCUAUGUGAAAUGUGGUUUUGCUGGUGAGAACUUCCCCACAUCGGUGUUCCCUUGUGUGGUUGGAAGGCCAAUGCUCCGAUAUGAAGAAUCUUUAAUGGAACAAGAGCUCACGGACACUCUUGUUGGGGAUGCUUGUUUAAAGUGGCGGCAUCAAUUAGACGUAUCUUAUCCGGUCAACAAUGGUAUUGUGCAAAAUUGGGAUGAUAUGGGGCAUGUUUGGGAUCAUGCAUUUUUUAGCGAACUAAAGGUAGAUCCUACAGAAUGUAAAAUCUUGCUCACUGACCCACCUUUGAACCCAUCUAAAAACCGUGAAAAGAUGGUAGAAAUUAUGUUUGAGAAAUACAACUUUGCUGGUGUUUUCAUCCAAAUCCAAGCUGUUCUAACACUCUACGCUCAAGGUUUGCUUACGGGACUCGUCAUUGACUCUGGUGAUGGAGUCACUCAUGUGGUUCCUGUGGUUGAUGGAUAUUCAUUCCCUCAUCUCACAAAGAGGAUGAAUGUAGCCGGGCGGCAUAUAACAUCAUAUCUUGUUGAUUUGCUUAUGAGGAGGGGGUAUUCUAUGAAUAAAACUGCCGACUUUGAGACUGUGAGGAAUAUCAAGGAGAAGCUCUGUUACAUAAGUUAUGAUUACAAAAGAGAGUAUCAGUUGGGACUUGAGACUACCAUCCUUGUAAAAAGUUAUACUCUUCCAGAUGGAAGGGUCAUUAAAGUUGGCAAUGAGCGGUUUCAAGCACCUGAAGCUCUUUUCACUCCCGAGCUGAUAGAUGUUGAAGGAGAUGGAAUGGCUGACAUGGUAUUUCGUUGCAUUCAGGAGAUGGAUAUUGAUAACAGGAUGAUGCUGUACCAGCAUAUUGUCCUGAGUGGUGGAAGUACAAUGUAUCCUGGAUUACCUAGCCGCUUGGAGAAAGAAAUAUCGGACCGUUAUCUUGAAGUUGUUCUGAAGGGAAAUAAAGAUGGAUUGAAGAAACUACGGCUGCGGAUAGAGGAUCCACCACGAAGGAAGCAUAUGGUGUAUCUUGGAGGCGCAGUUCUUGCAGGAAUUAUGAAGGAUGCUCCUGAGUUUUGGAUUAGCAGACAAGAUUAUUUGGAAGAGGGAGUUGCUUGUUUAAGCAAGUGUGGCCAGGCAUGAGGAUUUGCUCCGUCAUUUUUUUCCGAUUACUGCCAGAACUUAUAAUUUUUAAAUGAGAGCAUUAGAAGGUGUAAGUAUCCACAUAUAGCUAAACAAAUCGAGGUAAUGUCUUUUAACAGUUUCUCGUCUGAUUAUAUCUUGAUCAUUUCUGUCUAUCAAUAAAGUAUUCGAACGGGCCAAUUUGGCCCGGCCAACCGGGUAAAUUUUGUACUGGGUCUUAGCUAAUUGGCCUUCCGUGGUAUAAUAGAUAGAUGCCUAGAUUUGGAUUGUGGGUUAUUAAAUGUGUGCA